GGGGUCCUGUGACGUCGGUGGGUGGAAGAAAACAGCGGAGCAGGAAUCAAAACAAGAGACGGACACGCCUUCGUUCUUAAAGGUUAUAGCAGCUUAUUCCUCUUAACUGGUGCUGUCAGGGCUGCACGAAGCCUGCCUGUCGGUGCACGAGGACAGCCAAGCAACAACAACAACAACAACAACAACAACAACAACAACACAAAGAGAGAAGCACUGCAAACACACUGCAGACAUGGAGUCCACAGAAAUGUCACACAGCGUUGACAGCAGCCGCUGAUAGAGGUCGACAAUAUAACACUGACAUCCGAAUCCAGUACAAUGCCCAACCAGAAGAACAACAAGGGAAAGAAAAGCAAACGCACCAACAGUAGCGGAGAUGAGCAGGAAAAUGGAGCCUGUGCGGCCGCAACAGGAGGCGCGGCCGCGGCUGCUGCUGCACCCAGAAACGAGCGCUCGAGUGAUCCAGAGGGCCAGUGUGCGACCCCCCUCGGCUGCAGCCUGGCCCGUCCCAUCGACCUGGAGAAGGACGACUACCAGCGGGUGCUUUGCAACAACGAGCUCUGCCCGUACGGCAACUGGAUGCACCUGCAGUGCUUCUACGAGUGGGAGAGCUCCAUCCUCGUCCAGUUCAACUGCAUCGGGCGAGCGCGGUCCUGGAACGAGAAGCAGUGCCGGCAGAACAUGUGGACCAAGAAGGGCUACGACCUGGCCUUCAGGUUCUGCUCCUGCCGAUGCGGCCAGGGCCAUCUAAAGAAAGACACCGACUGGUAUCAGGUGAAACGCAUGCAGGACGAGCGCAAGAAGAAGCCGCCGGAGAGGAGCGCGGGCAGGAACGGGGCCGCUGGGGGGGCCGUAGGGGCCGGGGACGGGCUUUGCGAGGAGCCCAAGAAAAGCAAGCUACCAGGAGGAGCAGUAGGUGGAGGUAAACUGUCCCACAGAGCCUCCAGUCAGGAGUUACCUCGGAGACAAUCAGUGGACCGUCAGAACUCUUCAGAGAGGGGAGCAGCAGGAGGAGCAUUUGCUGCAGGAGGGCCCUUCGGUCUGGGGCCCCCUCAGAAGUCUCCCUGUGACUCUCCUGGGCAGUCUCCUCCAACUGGUUUCCCUUUCUCCCCCACCGCUGCCCUCGGACCAGGAGGCGGAGGAGCAGGACUACGAGGCUCCCGUCCGCUCGGAGAGUUCCUCAAAUCAGCCGUCCACAUGGACCCGCAGAGGAAGCACCUCCUGAUCGGGGGCGCUCUGGGUCGGGGCGGCGGCUGCUCGAUGGGGGCCCCCGGCGGCGGGGCUCACCUCGACUCGGGGUCCGUCCUCCCCCUGCCGCUGUCCUUCGCCCUCCCGCUCCACCACCGGCUCACCUCCGGCAGCGUGGGCGACGGCACCCACACUCACCCAGUGCAGUUCCUGAGGAGGCUGGACCUCUCGGAGCUCCUCACCCACAUACCUCGACACAAACUCAACACCUACCACGUCCGCAUGGAGGACGACGCCCAGGCAGGCCAGGGAGAGGAGCUGCGCAGGUUUAUUCUGUCAGCCCUCAGCGCGAGCCAGAGGAACGUGGUCAACUGCGCGCUGUGCCACCGAGCGCUGCCCGUGUUCGAACAGUUCCCCCUGGUGGACGGGACUUUGUUUCUCAGCCCCUCGCGCCACGACGAGAUCGAGUACGACGUCCCCUGCCACCUCCAAGGUCAGAGCGGGUUUGAAGAUCAUGGCAUGAGAAGCAGGUUAAUGCACCUGUACGCCAUCUGUGUGGACUGUUUAGAAGGCGUCCACAAGAUCGUCUGCAUCAAGUGCAAGUCACGCUGGGACGGGAGCUGGCACCAGCUGGGCACCAUGUACACCUACGAUAUACUGGCCGCGUCCCCGUGUUGCCAGGCUCGUCUCAACUGUAAACACUGCGGGAAGCCGGUGGUGGACGUUCGAGUCGGGAUGCAGUAUUUCUCCGAGUACAGCAACGUCCAGCAGUGCCCUCACUGCGGCAACCUGGACUAUCACUUUGUUAAACCUUUCUCCUCCUACAAAGUACUCGAGGCAUAUUGACAAAUGCUGUUCAUGCAUGUUAGUUCAGCUGCUUUUGUUUCAUUUUUUUUUUCUAACACAAUCUAGGAAAGAUUUUUAUUUUUUUUUGGGCCUUAAGGUGGUUUGAUGUUUUUAAGUUCUCUCUUUUUUUUUAAUUUCUUUCUUUUUUUUUUUUUUUUAUGUAUAGGAAAAGAUUGACUUUCGUUUCUUAAAUGAAAAGCUCCAGGACAGUAUCUCUGCUGUUGAAAGAGAAAGGGGUUGAUAAAGUGUGGGGACUGACACUUGAGUCAAACAAACACGUUUAUCUGUGACAAAGUGAAUGUAUCUGUACGCCAAAUUUGCUUUUAUUUUUUAUUUUUUACAGACAACAUAAAAGAUGAAUCUUGAAUAAAGCAGAGAAAAAAUA